AUGAAGUUUGGUGGUGUCCACGUCUCUCUGCAUCUACAAAGUUCUAGUACAAAGGAAUGGUACCAGUGGAGAAGACUCUCAUUUAGAAGAGCUAACAAGUUGUUGGAUGUUUUCGCAGGUCGCUUAUCCCUCAGAUCGUUCAAUGUUGUCGUGAGAAGAGUUGGUGGUCGUGAGCUUGAACACAGAGGAGUCAUGGCAUUGUGGUAG